AUGUUUACUAUAUAAUACUAGCAACUAAGUAAGAGAAGUCGCUUGAAGAAAGCAAAAUUAUAAUUGAUUUUUAGUUAAAAAACAAUUUAAAAAUGUCCAAAAAUGAUGAACAAAAGUGCUUGGAAAUUAUUAAAUCGACUGAAGAGAUAGCUGAUAAAAUUUUGAUGAAUAAGCAAGAGCUAAUCGCUCUGGAUAAACGACGCCAACAGAAUCGAGAAGCUAUAAGGGAGGUUCAGAAAAAUCCCGAAGAUAAAGAAGAGACAAAAAUAUGGAUAACAGUGGGUAGCAUGCUAUUAAAAAUGCCUCGUGAAAAAGCCUUGGGUCUUCUAAAAAAUGAUCAGUUGCAAAUAGAGCGCGAAAUACAGAUACUGCAAUCGGAUCAAAAGAUUUUGGUGAAUAAACAUCGUGACUUGGAGCAUUUCUCACCAUACUCCGGUACAAAUAUUAAACCCUUAGAACAUAAAGAAAUUAAUGCAUUAAAGGCCAAUUUGCCCAUGAUGUAG